CCGCGCCCCGGAUCUCUCCAGUCCCCACCAGCAUGGGCGCCGCCGCCUCCUCGGCCGCGGCUGGCUUGGGCCUCCCCGUGUCCCGGCUCUCCGCGCGCCUCGGAGUCGCCGCGCUGGCCCUGGCCGCGGUGGCGCUGGGGGCUGUGACCUGGCACCGGGCGCGGCCCCGGCGCCGCCGCCGGCUGCGGCGACAGCAGGUGGGCACGGUGUCCCAGGUCUGCAUCUACCCGGUCAAGUCCUGCAUGGGGGUGCCGGUGGACGCGGCCGAGUGCACGGCCUUGGGGUUGCGCAGCGGCAGCCUGCGGGACAGGUUUUGGAUGGUGAUUAAGGAAGAUGGACACAUGGUCACAGCCCGGCAGGAGCCUCGCCUGGUGUUGGUCUCCAUCACCUUUGAGAAUGAUCGCCUGAUCUUCAAGGCUCCAGACAUGGACCAGCUGGUUUUGCCUACCAAGCUUCCUUCCACCAACAGGAUCCAUGACUGCAGGCUCUUUGGCAUAGACGUUCAAGGUCGAGACUGUGGGGAUGAGAUAGCCCAGUGGUUCACCAAGUUCUUGAAAACAGAGGCAUACAGGUUGGUUCAGUUUGAAACCAACCUGAAGGGAAGAGUAUCAACGAAGAUUUUACCUACUGAGGAGAAAUACCAGGUGGCCUAUCCAGAUGGCAGCCCCGUCCACAUCCUCUCUGAUGCCUCCCUAGCAGACCUGAACACCAGGCUGGAGAAGAAAGCCAAAAUGGAGCACUUCAGGCCAAACAUCGUGGUGACAGGCUGUGCAGCUUUUGAGGAGGAUACCUGGGAGGAGCUGGUGAUCGGUGAUGUGGAGCUGAAGAAGGUUCUGUGCUGCUCUAGGUGCGUCAUGACCACAGUGGACCCCGAUACUGGAAUCAUAGACUGGAAGGAGCCCCUGGAAACCCUGAAAAGCUACCGCUUGUGCGACCCUUCUGAGAGGCACCUAUACAAGUCAUCUCCACUUUUUGGGGUCUAUUAUUCUGUAGCAAAAGUUGGAAACCUGCAAGUUGGUGACCCUGUGUACCGGCUGGUGGAGUGAGGGAUCCAGCAGGGUGCCCAGCGAAAGCUCAACUUGUAUCUCGAUCUCCAUGUCUCACAGCUGCCUCCUCGUUUGCUUGUGUUACAAUGGUUUUUACCUUAUGCUACUUUGAUUCUUUGGAAAAUGAACAGUUAGUGAAGUGGAAAA